CCAGCCACCGUUGCCGGGAGCCAGGGAAGCCGCGCGGACGCCCGCGGAGGAGCGCUCCGUGCCUGGAGGGCAGCUGGUCGACUCCGGGCUGCCUGGAGCGCCGGGGAGAGGACCUCGCGCAGCCCCUCUGCCCGGCUCCCAGCCGCUCUGCGUGUCGCCGCUCCGGGCGCGCGCCCCGCCCUCGCCAUGCUGCUGUCCGGGCUCUGCUGGCUGCCGCUGCUCGCGGGGCUGCUCCCGCCGGCGCCCGCGCAGAAGUUCUCGGCACUCACGUUCCUGCGCGUGGACCAGGACAAAGACAAAGACUGCAGCCUGGACUGCGGGGGCUCCUCCCAGAAGCCCCUCUGCGCGUCCGACGGAAGGACCUUCCUGUCCCGCUGCGAGUUCCAGCGCGCCAAGUGCAAAGACCCCCAGCUGGAGAUCGCGUACCGAGGAAACUGCCGCGACGUGUCCAGGUGUGUGGCCGAGAGGAAGUACACGCAGGAGCAGGCGCGGAAGGAGCUGCAGCAGGUGUUCAUUCCCGAGUGCAACGAGGACGGCACGUACAGCCAGGUCCAGUGCCACAGCUACACGGGCUACUGCUGGUGUGUCACGCCCAACGGGAGGCCCAUCAGCGGCACCGCCGUGGCCCACAAGACGCCCCGCUGCCCAGGUUCCGUCAGUGAAAAGCUGCCCCCCCGGGAAGGCACAGGAAGAACAGUCUCCUUGCAAAUGUUUUCCGUUCUGAAUUCAGAUGAUGCCUCAGCCCCCGCGCUGGACACUCAGCCUCAAGGAGACGAAGAAGACAUCGCCUCACGCUACCCCACGCUCUGGACCGAGCAGGUGAAGAGCCGGCAGAACAAGACCAACAAGCACGCAGCGUCCUCGUGUGACCAGGAGCAGCAGUCGGCCCUGGAGGAGGCCCGGCAGCCCAAGAACGACAACGUGGUGGUCCCCGAGUGCGCGCACGGCGGCCUCUACAAGCCGGUACAGUGCCACCCGUCCACGGGCUACUGCUGGUGCGUGCUGGUGGACACCGGCCGCCCCAUCCCCGGCACCUCCACCAGGUACAAGCAGCCGAAAUGUGACCACACGGCCAGGGCCCACCCGGCCAAGGCGCGGGAUCUCUACCGGGGCCGCCAGCUGCAGGGCUGCCCCGGCGCCAAAAAGAAUGAGUUUCUGACGAGUGUCCUGGACGCGCUGUCCACCGACAUGGUCCACGCCGUCUCCGACCCCUCCUCCUCCGGCAGGGUCUCCGAGCCCGACCCCAGCCACACGCUGGAGGAGAGGGUGGUCCACUGGUACUUCAGGCUCCUGGACAAGAACUCCAGCGGGGACAUCGGCAAGAAGGAGAUCAAGCCCUUCAAGAGGCUCCUCCGGAAGAAGUCCAAGCCCAAGAAGUGCGUGAAGAAGUUCGUGGAGUACUGCGACGUGAGCAACGACAAGGCCCUGUCCCUGCAGGAGCUGACCGGCUGCCUGGGCGUGGCGCGGGACGAGGCCAAGGCCGGCGGCGGCGGCAGGAGGCGGCACACCCCCAGAGGAAGCGCGGAGAGCACCUCUAACAGACAGCCGAGGAACCAAGGAUGAGCGCGGGCCGGCCGCGGCUCCCCGGACGCGUGGGAGAACCCCUCACCAAAACCCAAUUAAAAAUCGGAAACAAAACCCA